AUGCCCCCCGUGGACAGAGAAAAUGGGCGCACAGCUACAGAGGACUCGGGCAAAGAAAGUCGUUCCACGCCAACGGUGUCCCAGCAGCGAAGGCCAAAUAGGUCAGGGUUCACAGCUCCCUGUCUCCCUGGGAACCACCGGCGCUAUGACAACGAGCUAGCGGCUAAUGCAAAGAGAAGCUUCAGCAGGGUGCUGGCCGGCACGUCUGCUGACGGACAAAACUCCUCCUCAGGACAGGACGCUGCGUCGACCACUGCAAAACCGGGCAAAAGAAUGAAAAACAGCCAGCUGCUUUCUUCCCUAACUCAUUCCCGCCAUCCCCCCAUCAUCCCCUCCUUCCCCUUGAAGAGGAAACACGGAGAACUUCAGCGCCAAUAUGCAGAACCUACUCCUAAAAUCUGCCUAGCCGGGCGUCAUCCAAAAUGGGAAGCACCUCAUCCUUCUCAAGAAAAGGAAAGGGAGCAAGGAGUCGGCGAGCUGAAGGGAGCCGGGUCCAGGACCUGUAACCCCGAACGCUCAGCAGAACCACCAGAAGCACAUACUGAAGCCGGUCCUUCACAUAAAACAGGAAGAGUAUCAGGGGCUCAUGGAGACUCGUAUGCCUCAAAGCAAACACAACAAAUUCGGCAGAGAAAGGCGAAUGAAAGGUGCAAACCCUUUAAACACAAGGGGGGUAAACGUGGGCCUGACCAGGAAAAAGAUGGCCCCAAGGUACCUCAUGAGGAGGCCCGCGGUACUGAUCCCUUGAACCAAUCCAAAGCCGGUUCUCUGACUGCAACCUUGACAUCCGACCCCAGAGUGAAGGAUUCUGGGAAGAUGAACCCGGACGAAAAAAUACAAACGCUUGAGGGGGCAAAGAAGGCCGAGGCGCUGGUGCUCACCUUGGUGUACCGAGAUGGAACCACUCAGUUCGACCCGGAGCAGAAGCUCACCCCGGAGGUUUGCGGCCUCCUCGUACUGUUGAAGAAUCAUCCUGACGGCAGCACACCGGAGGACCUGCUCGGGCCCAACGACAGUCUGGUCUAUUUAAAACUAGAGCUCACACCUGCAUGGGCCCAGCAGCAUACACAACAGAGCAAGGACCUCUUCACUAGAGAUAUGCUGCUACAGGUGCUAUCAAGAUCUCAGCUGGUGGUGUGCUAUAAAGCCAAGGACUUGCUUCGUACAGCUUUGCAGUUUUAUGGACCUGAGCUGGGCUUAAAACAAGUGGCGGGGUGUCACAUUCAGGACCCACAAGUGUCAGGGUGGCUACUGGAUCCAACAGAUCCCUCCUCCUGCUACAGAGACCUUCUCAACAAACACAGCAGAAGACCCCAUACAACACCUUGCCUGGGAACCAGGCAGGUUUCACAGGUCAUUUCAGGUCUCUAUUCGCUCCACUGGCUUAACACGGAGCUGUGCUUCAAACUCCAGAGCCGAGGGCUGUGGGAGCUGUACUCAGACAUGGAGCUGAGCAUGAUCUCUGUACUGGCAGCCAUGGAGAGCCAUCGCAUCCAUGUGGACAAAGAAGCUCUCAAGAGAACGUCAGACCUGCUGGGGACCAAGAUGAAGCAGUUGGAGCACGAGGCCCACCGAGCAGCAGGACAACUUUUCCUUGUUACCAGCAACACUCAACUACGUACAGUCCUGUUUGAGAAGCUUUGCCUCCACGAGCGCUGCGAGAACAAGAAACUUCCCAAGACCGUCAACACGCAGCAGCAGUCGACCUCAGAAGCCGCACUGUUGCAGCUUCAGGACCUUCACCCACUGCCGAAGAUCAUUCUGGAGUACAGACAUGUUCACAAGAUCAAGUCUACUUUUGUUGAUGGGAUCCUCUCAUGCAUGGCGAGCAAGAACUCCGUUUGCUCCACAUGGAACCAGACAAGUGCCGUGACGGGGAGAAUCUCAGCCAAGCACCCAAACUUCCAGGCCCUGCCGAGGCAACCACUUCAAAUCACCAAGAAGCAGUACGUCCAAGGAAAGGAGGAGGAGGUGGUGACUGUUCAUCCUCGAGCGAUGUUCGUCCCUCAGGACGGAUGGACGUUUCUCGCUGCAGACUUUUGCCAGGUGGAGCUUCGUCUGCUUGCCCACCUCUCCGCUGACCCUGAGCUGCUCCGCAUUUUUCUCAACCCACAGGCGGACGUCUUUACCAUGUUGGCCUCUCAGUGGAAGGGGGUGAGUGAGGGUGAGGUGACGUCUGAGGAUCGGGAACACGCCAAACGCAUCGUUUACUCUGUUGUGUACGGGGCAGGUCGUGAGCGUCUGUCCGGGAUCCUCGGGGUGAGCGCCGAGCAGGCCAGCCGGUUCCAGGACGGCUUCCUGCAGGCCUACAGAGACGUCCACGCUUUCAUCCAGAGGACCAUCCAGCAGUGCCGCAAGCAAGGCUACGUGCUCUCCAUCAUGGGUCGUCGACGGACCCUUCCCAACAUCAACUCCCCCGAUUGGGCUGUACGCAUGCAGGCUGAGAGGCAGGCAGUGAACUUUGUGGUGCAAGGGUCUGCUGCUGACCUCUGUAAGAUGGCCAUGAUCAGAAUCUUCAACCUGGUCUCCUCCUCCAGCUCCCUCUCUGCCAGGCUGGUGGCACAGCUCCACGACGAGCUCCUCUACGAGGUGGAGGACUCCCAGCUGGAGCAGUUUGCAGGUCUGGUGAAGAGCACCAUGGAGUCCCUUCAGCACAUCGGCCAUCUAGGAGUGCACCUUAAGGUCUCCCUGAAGGUGGCGGUCUCCAGUGGCAAGUCUUGGGGAUCCAUGUCUGAGCUUAAUGUCCCUACCAUGUCCCCGCCCCAAUAAGUGGUUCCACGCUCCUCCCUUCUCCUCUCUCUCGCUUAUCUCCCCCUCAUCAUCUCCUCCCUUUAUUCUUCUUUCUCUUGGUAUGUCUUCAUGUUUCUGCCUUUCUUCCCUCUCGUCUUCCCUUUUCUCCGCUCAUUCCAUCCCUCCCGCGCUCUUCGCUUGUCCUGCAUCCACAUUGCCGUGGAAACCAGGCAGCUGCAGCUCCUUCCAGCUUCUUGCUUUCACUCCAUCCGUAUCCGGGGGCAACGGCAGGAGCUGCAGACUAAAUCGCUUUACUCCACCCUGCAAAAAAAAAGAUUCCUUGUCCCUUUCACACUCUUGUUGACCCACGCUGUUUUCUUGGCGAUGUUUCUUAUGUUUCUUCACAUUUAUCUGCAUGAUAUUUGUUGGUUCAUAAAAUUUGUUGUUGGAAUGAAUUCUCACAGAGUCGUUGAGCUAAUGUAAACCUGCAUUAUGCUGUACAAUGUACCAUAGAAACCGUCCUUUUUUUUUUUUUGGUUAGUUCAUGUUGAAGAAGUUCGUUCUGUUACGGAAGCUUCCCUCUUGAUAAUAAACCCAGUGACCUUUCUCACCCAGCUUCAUUUUCUCCUAAUUAAUUCCUCAAGCUGCACGUUACAUUUUUAGAGCUGCGUCAAAUACGUUAAGCUGUAUAAUCGACAAACAUUCCAAAUGAGUUUAGGUCGUAGUCCUUUUAAAAUGUUUAAAAAGUGUAUUUAACAAAUAUUCUGGUGUAUUUGAGGUUGGUUGCAUUCAGCUGAUUUCAAAGCAGCCGAUCCAAUUCCGCUGUGUGCAUCCAGCGCCUUGCGCUCAUCUUUCAUCCUCUCUCCCCUUUGUCUUGUUCCAGCCUCUCUCUCACACACACACACAUGCAUUACACAAUUGCUCGCACACAAGCAUACAUGCAUCUAAGGAACGCACUUCCUAUACUGUCCUCCAAUUGACUCUUUCAUUCUAGCUAAACAUUUGACAUUUUUUCAACUCAUCUUGGCUGCUAAUUGAAGGCGUUGUCAUCUUUUUGCUUGGUUAUGAUCCCCCAGCAGUUCUGUCCGGGUCUCGUAUUCACAUUCCUCUCGUUUCCUUUCCAGAGCAGCGGCCCUCCGCUUUGCAUCUUCUCACCAGGCCGGUGCGGGCAGCUCGGUGCCACAGCGAUGGACAGUGUUAUGGAAAUCUGCCUCUAUUCUCUCAUUGUUCUUGCUUUAAGGGUUCAGGGCCGUCCCCCCCCUUAGGGGUUUGUGCAAAUCCUAGAGGGCACGCUGCUCUUUUGGAGACUAGAUGUAUGGGUAUAGUUCUGGAGCUUAAACCAGAAAAGCAGUUUUGGUUGCUUUCCACCUCGAGUAAACGUUAGUGCUAUGUUCAGGAUACUCAGUUUUCUUCAAGUUUUCUUUUUUAAUUAUUUUAGCCGUUAAAAUGUUCGGACACAACUAGCUGAUUUAGCGCAUGAUGGUUUCUAUCUUCUGUUUAACUAAAUAUAAAUACAAACUUGAAAAUGAUGGAGAUCCUUGUCUUGAAGGUUAGUAUUUUUUUUUAAAAGAUUAUUAAGUUCAUUUAUGAUAGUUUAUUUGACUGAGUGAUGCUUUCACUUUAAUGACCUGUGCCAUUAACAGGAGCCAAGGCCCAAGGGUCCCUCUGAAGACUCCAGUUGUCAAGGGCAACAAGCAUGAGCUUCCCCUAGCUGCCAUGGCGACCGUGACAUGUGUAAGUAGACUCUGCCGCACAUAUCCUCGUGGCUAUAAUUGCUGACACCUAAGGUCUCAUUGAAUCUAAAAAUGUAUCUCAAAGAAAAGAUAUAUCAUUUCACAUUUCUCUGAACAAAUCAGUUUACAAUUGCGACAUAUAAAAGCUUGAUGCAUCAUCAUUUUUAAUUGAUACAAUAUAUGUACAUCCAUGUUUCAAUCAUCGUCAUAAUGCAGGAAAUCCCAUCUUUACAUCUAUACAGUGUACCAGGUAUUUGUCAGUAUAAAAGAAAGGGUUAAUAAUCACAAUAAUAAGAGUAAUCCUGUUGUGGCAAUACAGCAAUCUUCCAAAGGAAUGGCAGAAAGGAAACUGAAAGCUUAUAGACCCCAAUAAAGAUCAAGUUCGGACCUUGCACUGGCACUAUUCUCACACUGCUCCCCUUUACAUGCCUGAAGGGCCUCAAAUGACUCCCCCGCGGCCAGAGCACCCUUCUCUAAAGCUCAAAGUCAUCUCAUCACCUACGUAUCCAUCAAUCCCUCUCUCCGUCCUCCAUCACGGCCGUCUGGGUGACCUGCCUGCCUCCCCACGGUGUGGCUGAGAAUCAAUCCUUUGUGUGGGUCGGUUUCCUGGCAACAGACAACAGCCAUGGCAGGGCUCCAGGGCAGAGAGAGACACCCCCCCCCCGCCACCUCCCGUCCCUGCAUCAAAGUAGCUCGCUGUGGCUCAGUCCAGACACUCGAAGCCCGAGGCUGGUGUGUGCUACAAGCUAACAGCUAGCUCUCUGGUGACUCUGGAGUUCAAGCAGACAGGCGGGACAGGGAAGGCUGUGUCUGAACCCGACGGCGGGGGACAGAGACACCGGGGCAAAGAUGGCGCGCUACGUGACCCGCGAAGGCUGCAGCCCAUUAAGUCAGUAUGGGUUGUGUUGUGUUGUGUUGUGAGGCAAUCUAGGUGAAAACACCUGUCCCGCCGGAGAAUAUCUUCACUAGCGCGGUUAUAUCUCUAAAAUAUAUUUUUUAAAUAUUUGAAAUCCACAGUUUCUGUUACAAAAGGAGUAAAAAUGACCCCCCAGAGGCUAUUUACAGUAAAAUAUACUUUACAACUUUACAGUAAGUGGCUUGCAGAUUCAAAAAACAGACUUUGAACCUCACUUGUGAGAGAAGACGACAUGAUUGAGAUUUGGGAUUCUGGCAGCUGCGGCAUGUCUUUGAUUGAUUGUUUUCCCUUUGUACUGACGGAGUGAAGUUGUGGCGCACGUUGACUGAAGUAAAACCGCCGUUAAGAGACGGCAGAUUUCACUUUCACAGUGUGGCGACGCCAUCUUUGUCCUGUCUGCUUGAACUGCUCACUCUUUAGCAUCCAUUAUCGCCCUCUUGUCGUUUCCCCCGUUUUCUAUUGACAUCUGUACAAAUAUGCAAAGGUACACCUGUGUACUUCAACUUUGAGUUAAAAAAAACAACAAAAAAAUCAUCUUUGUAAAGAAAUAAUACACCAAAAAAACCCAUUUUACAAUCAAUCUCCCCUUCAGGCUUCCAUGUGAUGAGUGGUAAUGUCGCAAUGCCAACACUGAUGGCAUCACUGCCAUUAAAUGGUUCAGUAUAAGGGAAAUAAGGUCAAU